AUCAGUAGUUAUAUGUAUCCCGUUUUCAGUUUUGUGGUCAGCCUAGUUUCAUCUCUCAAAAUUUUGCACAUCAUUCUAUACCAGGAUAUAUUAUAAAUGAUCUGGGAAGAUGCCAGAAGUAGAGCAGUCAAAGGAAGUGAAGGUUGAGAAGGUGGAGGAAGUGGAAGUUGAAGGCAAGACUGAAGAGCUGCCUGAUGAGUGGCUUGAUGUUCUUGGAAGUGGAGGUUUAAAGAAAAAGGUAUUGAAAGCAGGCAUUGUUGAUUCUAGACCAGUUAAAGGAGACACUGUUAUCAUCCAUGCAAAUGGAAGACUGGAAGAUAACACAGAAGUUGACAAGCACACACAGCUGAUGUUCACCAUCGGAGAUGGUGAGGUAAUUACUGGCCUUGACAUGAUUGUGCCGUUAAUGGAUAAAGGUGAAGUCGCUGAUGUCUUUAUUGAACCAAGGUUUGCAUUCGGUGCCAAAGGGUUGCCUCCCAGUAUUCCAGGAGACACUAAUCUUAUUUAUAAGGUUGAGUUGCUGGAUUUUGCCCCAGAAAAACCCCCAGCUGAGGUCCCCAUCGACCAAAGGAUAGUCAUAGGGAAUCGUAAACGUGAGCGUGGAAAUUGGUGGUUCAACAGACAAGAAUAUUCUCUGGCUAUCCAGUGCUAUAGUGCAGCCAUUGAUUACUUAGACGAUGCAGAGGAAGAAUAUGGGGAGGAAGUUAGACCGGAAGUUCAAGGUAUAUUGGAAGAACGGUUGAAAGCUCUCAACAACAUGGGGGCAGCGCAGAUGAAGGUAGAAGCAUAUGAGGUUGCUUUGAAAUCUUUUGAAGCAGUUCUGAGAUGUCAACCUAAUAAUGUCAAAGCCCUGUUCAGAAAAGGAAAGGUUUUAGGCCUACAGGGGAAAUACAAAGAAGCGGUUGUUGAACUAAAAAGGGCUCUAGAAUUGGAACCGGAAGCUCGACCCAUCCACCAGGAGCUGGCCAGAGUACGAGAAAAGAUGCGGGUGGAAGGAGAAUCAGAAAAGAGCCUCUAUAGGAAAAUGCUUGGCCUGAGGAACCAGAGCCCUGAGGAAGAAACAAGAUACCCUGUCCUCAAAGGUUAUCACUUCAAGACAUGGCUCAUGGUAUUCUUCCCUCUCCUCUUUGCUCUUCUAGCAUACAGAUACAGAAAGGAAGCUCUGCAGUUGUUCCAGUGACAUACCUAGUGGAUGUUAGGUUUUUACUAUAUUUCACAUGCAAUAAAUAUAUAUUCUGUAAAUAUUUUUGUAAAAACUUACUAUGAUCAUAACUAGCAAGCUAAAGUAUAGAUAUUCAUGUACUCUAUUGUCACUAAAUGGUAGUACAGAACAGUAUUCAAAAUAUUUAUAACUGGAAAUGUUAGGUAUACAAAUAUUUACCAUAAAGCAGUAUUUAUUUGAGGGGUUCCUAGGGUUAUGUAUAUUGCUCUUCAUUUGAAAAUGGUGAAUGGAAAUGAGUGGGAAAGGGUGAGAGCAAAGUAAAAGUCAAGAUGAACAACUUUGGUUUUUACUAUUUUUUACAUGGUCUACAAUUAUGCAAAGUUCCCUGAAAUUAGGUUGACAGCCAAAUUAAUUUUUUAUGGUUAUAACUUAAGUUAUAGUAAAUUCUUAAUUACUGUUAAGCAUUUUAAGUUAUUCUGUUUUUUCAAGAUAGUAGUACAGUACAACUGUAUUAGAGUGGGAACAUGAGGUACUUCAGCUUGUUCAUCGCGUUAUAAGUUACAGUAUCCAAACGUAAUAUACUUUACAUUCACCUGCAAAGAGCCAUAAAUACCUUAUAUCUUUGAAGAUGUAGCAGCUAAACAUGUGCUCUCUACUCAUAGAAUAACAACAACAAGGAAGAAUUAUUUUUACUUAUUUAUUGGCAUACUGACACACUGCAUAGAUGACUCUCAGUAUGUUAAAAUAGUUUUUCGACUCUAGUCGCUGUCUCGUCCUCAAGGAGUUACCUUUUCCAUGGUCUAUCUUGAGCUCCAUUUUCACAAGACUAAUGCUAAAGAGUUCUCUUUUAGCUGGUCUUGUGACCAGGUAUUGUGUCGUAAUUAUAAACAUUAUAAUGUGAUAGUGUAUAAAUGGACUUAGGAUAAGAAGGCACUUUCUGUUAUCCUCAGCAAAUGCUAAAUCCAGUAUACCUAUGUCUAAAACCAGCAAGAAGUGGCUAUGCGUCAUAUUGUUUACAUAUAACCAAUUGCAGACCAAGAGGUCAUUACUUUCUGUUGUGUUUUUCGUCAGUAAAGUGGGAGGGUUUUGAGAACACAACAGUGACUACCAAAAGCAGAUUUUUCUUACGUCAAAACCUGUUUUUUGAUAGUGUAGUUGCUGUCUUGUCCUCAAGGAGUUUUACAAAGAAAUUGACAGGUGACGAAAAGCUAUAGAAUUUUAAUCCCAACAACUCAAAAACAGUUCUGGGCCAGGGUCAAGCCACAAGUUUUAAGGCUGCAUUCUUUAUUCCAAAUACUUUUAGGUUUGGUAGCAAAGAACAAGAAACGAAGUGCGUACUUAAGUUUUUAGAGUGAAGUUCUGUGGUGACUUCCCUAAGCAUACUCCGUAUGAUUGCAAGACCAGCUAAAAGAGAAUUCUUUGACAUUAGUUUGGUCACCAUGAAGCUCUGGAUAGACCAUGGAAAAAGUAAAUCUUUGAGGAUUCAACAGUGACUACCAAAAAUAGGCUUCUCCUACAUCAAAACCUGUAUUUUGUGUGCAAUGAAAGUCUUGCCAUUCAGGUCAUUUCAUAAAUUUUCUCACUAAUUACUGACUAUUGGAUGACUUGAAAAAAAUUCUGUCAUUAUUCUUCUUGUAAAUGGUAUUUUUCAACUGUCCAAAAAUUAUAGUCUGAACUUUUAUUAUACGUAUAAAGCUCAGUUGACUCUGAUAAGGUUUUACCAUGAUGUAGUUGGUUUUUUAUGAUGUCAGUGGAUUUAUGUAAUUUCUUUCCUUAAACCUGUAUGGAGAUAGUAAUUGACAGUCUCUGUUCCCAUGUACAGUAAUCCAUUGCAAAUAUUUGACACGUCAUUAGCACAAACAUUGUUGAAUAUUUUAUUUCAUUAGCAUAUGAAUUAAUUGCCUUGGCCAGUAAGUUUACUACAGUUGCAAAGGCCCUAUACAAACUCGGUACUACGUAUAAGGCUGUGUAGAUGCAGAAGGAAAUUACAGCUCAAUUUAAAUGAUUGCUGGUACGUUACCAGGAGUAAACCUGUAGCAUUUGGUGCUUAUCCAGAUAUAUUUUUUAUUUUUGUUUCAUCUUUUGACAUUAAUGCAUAAAUAGCUUUUUUUUUUUUUUUUUUUGCCAAGGAUUAGGUUUUUGAACCCGACAAGGAAUUGCUUUUCAUUUAUGCAUGUCCCAGCUACCCAAGCAUAUCAAUCUGUACUUCUGUAAUCUCUUAACAGAGUUCAUAAACCCAAUUUACUGAAUAGCACAUGUUAGAAAUGAUAAAAAUAUAUAUUUAAGACAAAGGAAUUGAAAUUUUUAUAAACUAACUUUGGCACCAAACCCUGUGACCAGAAAACCUCUAAUUAUUACUCAGGAGUAACUGUGCAAUGUUGGAAGACCACUGCACAAAGCCGUAAUUUUAUUUUAGUAUGUAAUUACUACCUAGUAUACCAUUGAUGAAAAAUAAUUAUACUCUAUUCAGUUGGGCUUGCUAAUUGAUCUACCUUAGUUGAUUUUAUAUAGAUUGUUUUGUGUUAUCAUCAUAUAGCAACAAAGGAAAACACUCAACUUUGAUUUUCUGAUGAAAAUGAAUAUAUCCACAGCUUUGGUAUGAUAACAAUAUUUAUAAGUACCCAUUAACUUGUUUGAGAUUUUGGAAAUAUCUAUCAAAGGAAAACUAAAUUUAAAUAUAUUUGCUAAAUAACCUAUUGAAAGAAGAUUUUCCUAAGCUUGUUUAUCAAUUAUUAAUUUGGAUUGGUGAGAAAUUAUGCAUCCAGUCAAUUUCUGUAUUCACUGUAGAUGAAAAGGUAAACAAGGAUCAUAACUUCUGUUUGUUAGAUUAUUUCUCUGCAAUCUACUGAGACAUCUCUACUGCAUAUUAAAGUUUUCUGCUUUCAUUAAUAUUAAUGUCAUGGUCCUAUAUGGUAGGGUAACUGCUGUUUCACCAUGUGCAAACUCCUUAUUCAGAUCUAUUUUCAUUUUGUUAGCAGGUUGUUUUUGCCUGUUUUAUGCUUGCAAGUGUGUGCCAAUUUAAAAAUGGUUUUGAAGCUAUUAGAGUAGUUAUGCAAAGGUAAAUAUAUUUCCAGUUAGUAGCCUCAUGUUAGCCAUACAUUAAACUGUGAGGGGAAAAACAGUACUGUAAUACUGUUUCAUUUUUAAUUCAGGAAUUUUUUCCUGCUCUCUCUCUCUCUCUCUCUCUCUCUCUCUCUCUCUCUCGCUC